AUGUUUUCGACCAAAAUUUUGUUCAGCGAUGAGGCCCAUUUCUGGCUUAAUGGCUAUGUUAAUAAACAAAAUUGCCGUAUUUGGGAUGAAGAACAACCCGAAGAACUUCAAGAGCUGCCAUUACAUCCAGACAAAACAACGGUUUGGUGUGGUUUAUGGGCUGGUGGAAUCAUCGGUCCAUAUUUUUUUAAAAAUGAGGCCGGCAGGAACGUAACUGUGAAUGGCGCCCGUUAUCGCGCCAUGCUAACGGACUAUUUGCUGCCUGAAAUUGAAGCCCGUAAUCUCGAUGACAUUUGGUUCCAACAAGACGGCGCCACUUGCCAUACAGCCCGUGCAACCAUGGCUUUAUUGCGAGAACAAUUCGAUGAACAGUUAAUUUCACGAUUUGGACCAGUGAAUUGGCCUCCUAGAUCAUGUGACAUCACACCUCUAGACUUUUUCCUUUGGGGCUACGUGAAGUCCAAAGUCUAUAUGGAUAAGCCGAAUACGAUUGAGGAAUUGGAAGCCAACAUUACUCGGGUCAUUCGUCAAAUUCCACUCGAAAUGCUCGAANGAUAUAACCCGUGGAAAGCCUAA